UUCUUUCUUUUCAGGUAUUUAACCCAUUCGUCUAUAAUAUACGCCAGUCUGAAACAGAUGGAGAGUCAGAGGAAUGUCUCAGAAUUCAUUCUUUUGGGACUUUCGUAUGACCAUCACACACAAAUAUUUUGCUUUGUGUUCUUCUUAUUCUGUUAUGCUGCUCUCUUGGUAGGAAACCUUCUGAUCCUUAUCUCUAUUCGAUGCAGCUCUCUUUUCCACCAACCAAUGUACUAUUUCCUCAGCCACUUAUCCUGUAUGGACAUCUGCUUCACCUCUAGCAUUACACCCAAAUUCAUUGCUGACCUCCUAGUGGGAAGAAAAGCCAUCUCCUAUGGUAACUGUAUGUUACAGGUCUUUACCAUGCACUUCUUCGGAAUGAUUGAAGUCUUAAUCCUCACCGUCAUGGCCUUUGAUCGCUACGCUGCCAUCUGCAAACCUCUCCACUACCUGCUUGUCAUGAACAGAGCAAGGUGCAAUCUCCUCGUCUUAGCUGCUUGGGCUGGUGGGGCCGCGCACUCCUUUCCUCAAUUUUUUCUGGUAAUCAGGUUGCCCUUCUGUGGUUCUAAUGAGAUUGACCACUAUUUUUGUGACAUUUUUCCUUUGCUUAAAGUUGCCUGUUCUGACACCUAUGUUACUGGUGUCCUUUUGGUUGCCAAUUCAGGAAUGGUUACCUUAGUGGCAUUUGUGGUCUUGUUUUUUUCUUAUGUCAUUAUAUUAUUCACUUUAAGAAAUCAUUCAGCCAAAGGAAGGCGCAAAGCCCUCUCUACCUGUGGGUCGCAUAUCACUGUGAUAAUUUUAUUUUUUGGGCCUUCAAUCUUUGCCUACCUUCGACCUCCAACCACUUUCCCUGAGGAUAAGGUAUUUGCUCUGUUUUACACCAUCAUCGCUCCGAUGUUCAAUCCCUUCAUCUACACUCUGAGGAACUCAGAGAUGAAAAAUGCCAUGAGAAAUGUCUGGAAUCAAACAUUGGAGCUCAAUAUCUUUUAUAAAAAACAGAGGGGCAGCUAGGUACGGAUAAGGGAGAAAGGAAACCAUCUCACAGAGUAAUUUUUCCUUUGGUAACAUUUUAUGAGUGACAGAAAUAGGACUUGGAGUUUCAUAGUGACUAAAAAGAAAUAGUAAGUCAUCCAUACAAAAUAUAAGCUUAAAACUUAGUUCAUUUUGCAGGCUUUGAGAUGUUAUGAACAGGUUGACAUGCACAAAAUCAGUUAUAUGCAUAGUUAAGACAAUAUUACAGGAGCCGAGAAUUGUGAUGUGAAAAAGAAAAUUGGAGUUAUCUUGCGUUAGAAAAUGGAGGUUUGGUAGCUAGACCACACAAUGAGCCAUUCUGUAUGGCAA